GGUGCAUUGUUUAAAAGAUUCAUGAAAGAAACUACCUUGUCUGUGCCUGCGCCAGAUCCAGUGAUUCAGAAAGCACUCAGUAUCCAGCAAGACAGUCGCACACUGACUGACUGGACAUGAGGAGAGCGAUGGCCAGGCUGGGGCUGGGGCUGAUGCUGCUGGCACCUCUCCUACCCACGCAGAUUUAUUCAAAUCAAACAACCGUCGUAACACUUCCAGGUAACUCCUCCCAGAAUACCUCAGCUGCCCCAAAUCCAGCUAAUGCCACCACCAAGGCCGUUGGCAGUGCCCUGCAGUCAGCAGCCAGUCUCCUUGUGAUCUCGCUUUCUCUUCAUCUCUACUGUUAG